AAUAAAUUAUAAAUUCAACAACGAUAAAAAAUCAGAAAAUUCGCAUGUAACAGGGGGACAAACUAUUUAGUAUAAACAGAGUACUGAUUGCUAAUUUGAACACAACUCGCAAUAUAUUUUCAGCAGGAUACAACAGAAUGUCGAGCAAUAUAAAACUAACAUAUUUUGAUUUCAAGGGUCGCGGUGAACCCAUCCGUGUCGCCUUCGCUUAUGGUGACGUGCUUUAUGUUGACAACCGGAUCCAAUACAAGGACUGGCCUAGCGUCAAAGCAACCACGCCCUUAGGACAAUUACCAAUUCUCGAAGUGGACGGUAAGGUAUACACUCAGGGAUUUGCUAUUCUGAGAUAUGCGGGCAAGAAAGCCGGCUUAUAUCCUAGUGAUGAACUGGAAGCUUUGCGCGUAGACGAGGCAUUGCAGGUCAUCGAAGAAUCAUUUAACGCAAAGAUAGGCCAGAGUAUGGGUAUUCAGGACGCCGAAGAGAAGAAGGCUUUCCGUUCGAAACUGGUGACUGAAGUUUUACCACCUUAUGCGGCAAAGCUGGAUGAGUACUGCGACGGCGGCUACUUCGGCAACAGCAUCUCUAUCGCGGACAUUGCCAUGAAUGAGAUUAUCGUGUGGAUCAAGUCAGGCAUGCUCGAGGAUAUCCCUGCCGACUUCUUUGAUGCGUACCCGAACUUAACCCAGAUGUACAAGAAUGUUACGGAAGAUUCUAAGCUCAAAAGUUACUUCGAGAACAGAAAAUAAACAUAUUUUGGAAUGCUGGGAAUAUCCACCUUG